GAUACGCAGUUCUGGUGCCAGAGGGAGAUAAUGGGGGUCAUCCGAUCUGGUAUCUCCCUCAUCACGGCGUCUUUGAACCGGAAAAAGGUAAACUGCGUGUGGUGUUUGACUGCGCGGCCAAGAGUCGUGGGGUCUGCUUGAAUGACCUGUUGAAGAAGGGACCGGUGCUGUCAAACUCCCUCUUGGGAGUACUUUGUCGUUUCCGUGAAGGAACGGUCGCAUUCACAUGCGACAUCCAGUCAAUGUUCCAUAGAGUCCAUGUGCCCAUCUGUGACUCUGACCUACUGAGGUUUCUGUGGUUUAAAGACGACAAUCCUGACGGUGAGGUAGUCGUGUGGAAAAUGAGGUCUCAUGUUUUCGGAGCCCUGUCCAGCAGCAGUGUGGCCAGCCUGGCACUGACCUGCUGCGCUGAGGAGGGUCGGCUGCGGCAUCCUGAGGCCGCCGACGCUCUGCUUCGGAAAACAUAUGUCGAUGAUACCCUUUGUUCCACAAAUUCUGUCGAAAGCGCAGUUCAGCUAGCGCGUGACCUGAAAGACUUGUGCAAAAACGGAGCGUUCAACUUGACAAAGUUCUCAAGCAACAGUUCUGAGUUUCUUAAGGAGAUCCCUGUCGGUGACAGGGCAAAAAAUGUGAAGACUUUAGACCUGGACAGGGACACUCUGGGUACCGAGCGUGCGUUAGGCCUGAAGUGGUCUAUCGUAGACGACUCGUUCUGCUUCCAAUUCUGCAACAAGCAGAAACCUGCGACAAGGCGCGGUCUGCUGUCGACAGUCAGCUCGGUGUUUGACCCGCUGGGAAUUGUCUCUCCGGUGACUCUGUUGGGCCGAGUGCUGCUACAGAAACUGUGCCUGCUCUCCUGUGGCUGGGAUGAUCCGCUCCCUAGUCCGCUGGCGGAGGACUGGCAAGAAUGGCUGGACCGAGCCAGCGAGCUUGACAAUGUUCAGCUGAGGAGGUGCACCGUCGGCCCUCCCGGGAAGGUGUUGAACAGUCAGCUGCAUGUGUUUGCUGAUGCGAGUGAGACGGCAUACUCCGCCGUGGGUUACCUGAGAAGAGAGAUUCUUACCCCUGAGGGACAGGUCGAACGUUUUGUGACUUUUUUGAUGGGAAAGGCACUAGUAAAUCCCGUUCGUUUUGUGUCGGUGCCACGACUAGAGCUGGCUGCAGCGGUGCUGGCAGUUAAGGUGAGGAGACUGCUGGUGAGAGAGUUGGAUGCCACAUUUGAUUCAUUUCACAUGUGGACCGACAGCACGGUGGUCCUGAGCUUCAUCCGGAACCGAACCACACGGUUCAAGACGUAUGUGGCGAACCGGCUCGCCUACAUACAUGAUGGUUCAGAGGUGGCCGAGUGGGCGCACGUGCCAUCCAAGUUGAACCCUGCCGAUGUAGGUUCUCGUGGCUGUUAUCCUUCAGGUCUGGGACCGUGGCUGAGGGGACCUGAGUUUUUGGAUGGUGAGGCUGGUGGCUGGCCCUCAGACCCAGCUGUUCACGCUGAGAUCCCUCCGAUUGAGGUGAAGUCCGCUCCAGUGACAGUGGCUCUGGUGUCUGCCGGCACCGGACAGAAGGGUCCAACGGACGCUCUAAUCAGUCAUUUUUCGUCCUUUGACAGACUCAAACGGGCGGUGGCAUGGUAUCGGAGGUUCUUCUGUGUCAUCCGGAAUGGUUCAUUUCGCAGGUGGUGCAUGACCCGCCGAAGGGGGCUUCGGCGGCGUGACCACGUUGGUGAGGCCUCUCUGGUUGUGUCCGACCUGCAUGAGGCAGAGCGUGCGAUCUUGCGGCACGUCCAGCGGGAACUCCCCGAAUUUCCUGGUAGAGACUGUGACGAUGGUCCAACUGAAGUGAGUUCGAGUAGUCCUCUGAGAAAGUUACGGCCGACCAUGCAGAGUGGUCUGCUGGUGGUUGGUGGUAGGCUGUCUCGAUCUGAUUGUGUCUCUGAGAGUGAGAAACACCCGGUGAUUCUCCCCCGGGAUAGUCACGUGACACGAUUGGUGAUCAGAGAGGCUCACCAGAGAGUUGGUCACGGGGGGAGAGACCACACUUUUUGGGACCUGAGACGUAAGUUUUGGGUCAUUGGAGCGGGAACAGAGGUCCGGAGGUUGAUCCGAUCUUGUGUGGUGUGUAGACGGGUAAAUGCCCGUCCCCAGCAUCAACUGAUGGCUGAGCUGCCUCGGGAGCGCGUCUCGGCAGACGCGCCGGCGUUCUCGUCGGUGAUGCUGGAUGUCUUCGGACCAGUGUUGGUCAAGACUGGACGGAUUGAGCGAAAACGGUAUGGACUUAUGUGUGUCUGUACGAUGACACGAGCUGUUCAUGUGGAAAUUCUGAGUUCAUUGAGUUCUGAUUCACUUAUCAAUGCCAUUCGACGCAUCAGUGCUCGAAGAGGCCAGAUCACCCAAAUCCGAAGUGAUAUGGGAACGAACUUGACUGGCGCCGAUCGCGAACUCCGUGAGGCGCUGAGAGAGGUUCGCCAGAGUGAUCUGCAGCGCGCAGCGCUGAAGCAGGGUAUCGAUUGGAGUUUCAACCCUCCCACUGCUUCUCACUACGCUGGUGGUGUCGAAAGACAGAUCCGGACGUUUCGUAAAAUCUGGCGAUCUAUGCCUACUCAGCGCGUGGAUGACGAAACGCUCAGUACCUUGUUCUGUGAAAUCGAGUCGAUCAUGAACAGUCGCCCGUUGACAUACGUGUCGACGGCCUCGGGUCAGGUGGAACCCCUGACGCCGGGUCACCUGUUAUUCCUGAGGGGUUGCGUCGGACCCAUUCCUGGUGAGUUUUCUGAGGCCGACUCACUGCCGCGCCGCCGAUGGCGUCAUGUACAGUAUUUGGCUCAGGAGUUCUGGCACCGCUGGAAGCGGGAGUAUUUGUUAUCACUGCAGACGCGACAGAAGUGGACGCGUACUGCCACGAACCUGGGACCGGGUGAUAUUGUUUUGUUAGUAGAUCAAGAUGUACCUAGAGGUAAGUGGAGGAUGGGAAAGAUAGUUAAAGUUUUUCCCAGCCGGGACGGGCUGGUUCGAAAGGCUCUGGUCAAAACGUCUACGUCGGAAUACCUGAGGCCAAUCCAUAAGAUGGUCCUGAUCAGCACGGAGUCUGAUCUGCGGUAGACGUGCAGUGUCCGCGUCCCAUUGUGGGUAUUGGUUUGAACGGACCUGCAGCUGUAGUGUACGAUAUGUAGGCAAACAUCAGGUGAGUGACUUAUGUAGAAUUCGUGUAGUUAAGUUUUAGUGGGUAAGUGCAGUGUCCCAACGGGAUAAUUGUUAAUUGUUUGCUAGUUGUUAGAUAAGUAAGGCCGUCAGGAUGUUGUUUUGAACUGAUGCAGCUGUUAGCUCGUUAAGUCCGUAAACCACUGAUGGUGAUUUGACUUUGAUCGGGCGCCGUGUUCUGUUAGUUCGGCCGCCCUUGCUCCGGUCGUCCGAAGGGGGGAGUGUUAAUGGCGCCCGCGGUCCGCAUUGAAUCCCUCACCCUUCCUUUGAUGCCACACGUCAGCAGCUCUAGCUGAGUCGGACUUGCACCUCUAGCUGAGUCGGGCGAGUGCCGAUGUGGCAGCUGGCCGCGGUCACGUGACCGAGCGUGACCCUUGUGCGGGCCGAGUAGAGGGCGUUGUUUUGUGCCCGGUGUGCUGAGGGGCGGACGUGUGAGCUGGAGCUGCGCGAAAUGCAGAGUGAGCACCGCGGAGUCGGGCUGCUCGUGAGUCCGGGGAUGUUUGGCGGCCGAGCUGUGGCUGUGGGUUCCCCCGUGACGGACCGUGUGGACGGAGCGAUCUUCGUGAUGAGAUCGACUUGUUGAGCGCCGGAGACGUGAACAGCCGGUAUGUUUAACGUUGCGUCUGAUUUACUGUACGAAAUUGCCCGAAUUGUUAAGUGUUAAUUAAUCGAGUAAAUGAUAGCGCUAAUAGUAACUUUGGUUCUAGAAUUGCAGCAAUAUUUAUUUCAUGUUAUGUUCAAUGCACGGCUCACAAUAUGUCGUUUUGUUCGGACAUGUCGAUUGUGGACGUGAUUGUGUACUGACCGGUGCAUUGUCUGUGUGUUUGUGUCCGGGCAGUAACGGACAGUUUCGGACUGCCUCGAGAGCUGCAGACGAAUAGAGGUCCAGUUGACGGCACAGCGUUUUUGACUACGAGGGCGCUCGGUUUGGCCCACGGCUGAGGCCG